GAGAUGAGGAGAAGGUGGAGAAUAGGAAUCAUGUGUGUUCCUUGAGUGUACAACCCACAUUUGAGUGACAAAUGACGAGGACAACCUAUAAAAACAACUAAGUGCAAAUCCACCCAAAUCCAUCUCCCUCUCGAUGCGUGUGCUUUUCCAACUAACUUUAGGAACUCGUGUAGACCAGCGUCUCUUUCUGCGCCACCUCGCCUCCACUUUGGUUUCCCGCGCUCUGCCUGCCUUCUUCGGUGCCUCCCCUUCCUCCUGCCUAAGGAUGGAAGAUUCUUUCAGCCCCUCAACUCUGCCACCUGCGCCCAAUCUCUCCGUACCCAUCUUGCCGAACUGGAGUUUCAACCUGACUUCUGGGAAGGGAGCCAGCGUCCCGGGGCCGCAGUCGCCGCCACCCGGACCACUCAUCCCCCGGGUCAGCCUGGUCUUACUGGGGGUCUUCUUGGUGGCGGCAGUGGCCGGCAACGCCACGGUGUUAUGUCGCUUGUGCGGCGGCGGGCCGUGGGCAGGUCCCAAGCGUCGCAAGAUGGACUUCCUGCUGAUGCAGCUGGCCGUGGCGGACCUGUACGCGUGCGGGGGUACUGCACUGUCCCAGCUGGGCUGGGAGAUGCUGGAAGGGCCGCGUCCGGCUGCGGGCGACCUGGCGUGCCGUUUCAUGCAGCUGCUACAGGCGUCUGGCCGGGGUGCCUCUGCCCAUUUCGUGGCACUCAUCGCUCUCGAGCGCCAGCGCGCUGUGCGACGUCCCCAGGGCCCGCCGCUGCCCGCACGCUCCCUCGCCGCCUUGGGCUGGCUGCUGGCGCUACUCCUGGCACUGCCCCCGACUUUCGUGGUGCGCGGGGGCAUUCCGCAGCCGCCGCCUUCCUCCGCGUCUCCGGCCGCCCGCUCUUGGCCUGGGGAGCGUCGCUGCCGCGGCAUCUUCGCCCUCCUCCCGCGCUGGCAUCUGCAGAUCUACGCGCUCUACGAGGCUGUCGCGGGCUUCGGGGCGCCAGUCGCGGUCAUGGGCGUCGCUUGCAGCCACCUGCUCAGCGUUUGGUGGCAGCGCCGGCCCCAGGCCCAAGCCAUUGCGGCUCCCUGGUCGGCUAGUCCGGCCGGAGGCCCCGAGCCCAGUGCGCUGCCCCGUGCCAAGGUGCAGAGCCUGAAGAUGAGCCUGGUACUGGCGCUGCUAUUUGUGGGCUCUGAGCUGCCCUACUUCGCCGCCCGGUUGGCGGCCGCGUGGUCGUCCAGGCCUGCGGGAGACUGGGAGGGAGGCCAGGCGGCCGUUUUGCGCGCCGUGGGAGUGGCCAGUAGUGCCCUCAACCCUUUCGUCUACCUCUUCUUCCAGGCGGGCGAUGGCUGGCUUUGGCGGCGGCUACGGAGGCGCCUGGGCGCUGUGUGCUGCGCGCGGGAGGGAGUCUCGGAAGACAACGAGUGGGCCGGGGACCACCAGGCGCUCCACCGCCACCGGUGGCCCCACCCGCACUACCACCACGCUCGGCGGGAACAGCGGGACCAGGGCUGCAUGCGCCCACCCCCGCCGCGCCCCAGACCGCUGCCCUGCUCCUGCGAAAGCGCCUUCUAGGGCCACAUUUGGGCGGAGGCAGGUCACCUGUUGCCGCAGCUUGGCCUCCAGGUGGGGUGAGACCCUGAAGCUGUCCCCUUCCUCCACGCCCCUAUUUUAUGUUUUUUUGGGUUGUUUGUGUGUGUGUGUGUGUGUGUGUGUGUGUGUUUGUGUGUGUGUGUGUAAUGUUUACGUUUUCCUACACUUUGCACUUAUUUUCUUCCCUUCAAUUCCUCUCACAUUUUUCCUCACUUGGAGAGGAGAGAGCCUUUGGAAAGUUGUGAAAAAAAAUGGAUUUCGGAGUUAUUUUUGCAGUUUUCUUUCAUUCUCCCAUUGUGUUCUGGAUAAGACAGUUUAUUUUAGCUAAACUACCAAACUUUCAUUAUUUGUUGUGAUAUCAUCUGGUUUUCGUUAUUUCGAAUCUUGCUUAAAUCAAGUGUACCUUGAGUACUAGGGAGUUUGCCAUUCCUUCCAAAAGAAGGGAAGUCCCCAUAUUACUCUCCCUGGGGAGAUAAGGAGUUAUACCAGUAAUACUGUCAGAAAUGUAAUCAUGCUGCCACUUUAAAGACACAGAGUAUUUGUAAAAUAAAAACAUUUCCCACAGAGCAAUUAGGUAUUUUUUUUAACGUGGUAAUGUUUUUUCUCAGAAGAAAAAUAAAUGUGGCUUUUCUUUCCAGUCUUGCUUUCACUGAAGCUAAGAUUGUAGGAAGGAAACAAAAGUUUCCCUUAGCCCCUUUUAAACAUGCCUGGUUUUUGUAGGAAAUAGUCCCUAUACCCAGAUCAGCUUCUAAAGCUAUAAUGUGCCCAGGUGGAGACUCUUAGUGCAAAGUCCCAGCUAACCAGAGAAAAAAAGUGCUAAGAUGUGUACAGGGAUGGGGCUCAUUGUCCCAAAUGUAUCCUUAAUGAAAUAUGCAGCAAGAAAGGAAGUUGAGACCUCUAAAUACUUCAUGUAUAUAUAAAAUUCCCAUUUAGAAAAACAAAUCCAAUACCAGGUCAGUGACACACAUUUAUGUAAUGCCAACUACUUAAGAAGCUAAGCCAGGAGAAUGGACUAGCCUGGGCAACUUCAAAAAACCUUUCUCAAAAUUAAAAAAAAAAGAGUAAAUAAAUAAAUUCAAAACCUAUUGAUGUGGAUUGCUGAAAACAAAGUCAACAAACAGAUUUGAUCCAAGACCUUUUCCUCUUAACUGUCCUUCAUUCUAGAAAGAAGUAGCAGCACUUAUGAACAAUAUAUCCACAUCCUUACCAGUGACUUUCACCCAAGAAUCUGCAGCUUUCUAUGGUUGUGUUUCUUGUUCAUAAACAAAUACAAGACUAAGAUGCACAAAGGGGAAAUGACUGGUUAAAGCUUAUUUGUAGAUCCAAUACUCUAUGAGAGCUGUUUUGUUCACUGCUGUAUCUUAAAUGCUUUCAACAUUCCACACAGAGUAGGCAUUCAAUACACAUUUGUUGUCUAAUUUAUCACAUGAGUUCGGCAUGGAUAGAACAGAUAAAUCUUAAAACAAAAGAAAAUAUUUACUUAGUGUGGUUUACCUUCCUCCAGAAUUUUGACAACAAAUGUUACAGAAUUAAAUAAAUUUUCCUUCUUCUUUUUGCCUCUC